AUGUCGCAAGGUCAUGCCCUUUCAGAUGAUCAGGUCGCGGGUGAGCUCCGCAAGAUGACCGCGUUCAUCCGACAGGAAGCUCUGGAGAAGGCUCGGGAGAUUCAGUUGAAGGCAGACGAGGAGUUCGCCAUCGAGAAGUCCAAGUUGGUGCGCCAGGAAACUGCCGCCAUUGACGUGCUCUACGAGAAGAAGUUCAAGCAGGCCGCCAUGUCGCAGCAGAUCACCCGUUCCACUCUCGCCAACCGAACUCGUCUACGUGUACUCGGCGGUCGUCAGGAGCUCUUGGAUGAGCUCUUUGAGAAGGCCCGCUCCAAGGUGGCUACCGUAUCUUCCGACGACAAGAAGUACCAGUCCACACUCCAGGGAUUGAUUCUCGAGGGCCUGUACUAUCUGAAUGAGGAUAAGGUCUCUCUUCGUGCGCGCAAGAAGGACUACGAGGUUGUGAAGAAGGCUAGUGAGGAGGCGGCCAAGGAAUUCAAAGACAGUGUAGGCUCGGAGGUUACCGUGAGCUUGGACGAGUCGGAACCGCUGCCGGAAGGCUCAGCGGGCGGCGUUUUCAUUAUCGGCGGACAGGGCAAGAUCGAGAUUAACAACACCUUCGAGGAGCGUCUGCGACUUUUGGAGAUUGAUGCUCUCCCAAGUGUACGGAACACACUGUUUGGAAAGAACGUGAAUCGACGAUUCUACGACUAA